UUCACAUAGACCGCAUAUAUUAAGCCUCGGCUCGCCGGUGGAUUUAUAUUCUCAGCGCGUCCUUUGUGUGAUUCUAUGCGUCUCUUUCAUUAAAGAAAAAAAACCCCACAACAGCAACGAGGCACGGAUCUUUUUUUUUUUUCUUUUUUUUUAUUCUUCUUCCUCCCCGAUUCCAGGACACCGAGCUGAGCCGCAGAUGUGCGCGAGCGCGGUGCGGGGAUGGUGAGAGAGGUUCGAGACCUGCUUAUCUUCUUUAUCUUCAUCAUCAUCACCGCCACCGCCGUCGCUGUGGAUUUGCCAGGGAUUUAUCUCGCUCGGGACGCAGGGACGGGAGCAAAGCAGUACGCCUGAGAAGAGAACCGGAGGAAAAUAAAACCGAGACUACAAUAAACGGAAGACCUCAAAGGAACACCCUGUACCAGGCCUACUAACCCCAAGAGGAGGAAUUCAUAGUCCUGCCAAGGUUCUGUAUCAGGAUGCGGCAGUGAACCCUCUCGUCUUCUCGUGAUGGUGAGGAUAUUUGGGGGCCUGCCCUGUGUGGGCCAGACCAGCUGUUACAACAACUCCCAAGAGUACUGCUACUCUGCGCGGAUCCGCAGCACAGUACUACAGGGUCUUCCCUUUGGAGGAGUGCCCACUGUACUCGCUCUCGACUUCAUGUGCUUCCUGGUACUUCUCUUUGUCUUCUCCAUUUUGCGGAAAUUGGCAUGGGAUUACGGCAGGCUGGCUCUCGUAACCGACGCUGACAGACAGAAGAAGAGAUUCAACGGCAUAGAAGAACGGGAAUACGUGGCUUCAGCAUUGCAUUCAGAGACUCCAGAUCGCUACGAGCGGCUCACGUCUGUCUCCAGCUCCGUGGAUUUCGAACAGCGAGACAAUGGUUUCUGCUCCUGGCUGACCGCCAUUUUUCGAAUAAAGGAUGAGGAGAUCCGUGAAAAGUGUGGUGAGGAUGCAGUACACUACCUUUCCUUCCAGAGGCACAUCAUCGGGCUACUGGUGGUGGUGGGCGUGCUGUCAGUGGGCAUCGUUCUGCCCGUUAACUUCUCUGGAGACCUGCUGGAAAACAACGCGUACAGCUUUGGCCGCACAACAAUCGCAAACCUGAAAUCAGGGAACAACCUGCUGUGGUUGCACACGUCUUUUGCGUUCCUGUACCUCCUCCUCACUGUCUACAGCAUGAGGCGCCACACCUCAAAGAUGCACUACAAGGAGGACGACCUGGUGAAACGCACUUUAUUUAUAAAUGGCAUCUCUAAAUAUGCAGAGGAGGUCCAUAUCAAGCAGCACUUUGAGCUAGCCUAUGAGAACUGUGUUGUGCUGGAAGCGCGCAUCUGCUACAACGUGGCCAAGCUCAUGGCUCUCAAUGCCGAGAGGAAGAAGACUGAGCGUAGUAAGAAGUUCUUUACAGAUCUGCAGGCAAAGGAGCACAUGCCCACCAUGAUCAAUCCCAAACCCUGCGGCCACUUGUGCUGUUGUGCCAUUAAAGGCUGUGAAGAGGAGGAAGCAGUGAGCUACUACACAAAGCUGGAAGCAAAACUUAAGGAGGAGUACAGAAAGGAGAAGGAGAAGGUCAACACCAAACCUUUGGGCAUGGCUUUUGUCACCUUCCAAAAUGAGGCCAUGACUGCAAUAAUCCUGAAAGACUUUAACGCGUGUCAGUGUCAGGGCUGUGUGUGUCAUCAGGAGCCACGUUCCUCUCAGUUCAGCGAAAGUCUUCACGUCUAUAACUGGAGUGUGACUUACGCUCCUGACCCCCAGAAUGUGCGCUGGGAGCAUUUGUCUCUCGGAGGCGUUUCAUGGUGGAUCCGCUGCUUAAUCAUUAACUGCAUUCUCUUCCUACUGCUCUUCUUCCUCACAACCCCGGCCAUCAUCAUUUCCACUAUGGACAAGUUUAAUGUCACCAAACCGGUGGAGUAUCUCAAUAAUCCCAUCAUUACCCAGUUUUUCCCUACUCUUUUGCUGUGGGCUUUCUCUGCUCUCCUGCCCACCAUUGUCUACUAUUCAGCUUUUUUUGAGGCCCACUGGACCCGGUCAGGAGAAAACCGGACGACCAUGCACAAAUGCUACACGUUUCUCAUCUUCAUGGUCCUUUUGCUGCCAUCUCUGGGUCUCAGCAGUCUGGACGUGUUUUUCCGCUGGUUGUUUGACACACAAUUCCUAGCUGUUGCUGCUGUUCGAUUUGAGUGUGUGUUUCUCCCCGAUAACGGGGCGUUUUUUGUCAACUAUGUUAUUGCAUCUGCCUUUAUUGGGAACGCAAUGGAUCUUCUUCGUAUUCCGGGUCUUCUUAUGUACAUGAUCCGUUUGUGCCUGGCUCGAUCUGCUGCUGAGAGACGCAAUGUCAAACGGCACCAGGCCUAUGAGUUUCAGUUCGGUGCAGCCUAUGCUUGGAUGAUUGUCUUCACCGUCGUCAUGACGUACAGCAUCACUUGCCCAAUCAUUGUUCCCUUUGGCCUGAUGUACAUGCUGCUGAAGCAUUUAGUGGAUCGCUAUAACAUGUACUAUGCUUACCUGCCCUCGAAACUUGACAAGAAGAUCCACUCUGGAGCCGUCAAUCAGGUGGUGGCUGCACCAAUCCUCUGUCUCUUCUGGCUGCUGUUCUUCUCCACUGUACGCACAGGUUUUGUGACGCCGACCUCCAUGUUCACGUUUGUGGUGUUGAUCAUCACCAUUGUGGUUUGUCUGUCGCAUGUCUGCUUCGGCCACUUCAAGUAUCUCAGCGCUCACAACUACAAGAUUGACACCAAGGACAGCGAGGUGGACGGUGUGGAGAAUGGACGUCCAGCACGCUCCUCACCCCCCAACAAGUCUCCGCAACAGAUGUACAUUGCACAGGUCCUGCAGGACCCAAACUGCGACGAGACUGGCGGAGGCAGCGGAGAGGACGACGGCCAGGGAUCCUCGCAGGACGAGGAGAUGAUCAACGGAGGCAACAGCCUGAAUGAGGCCGACUUUCAGUCUGGGGAAGACAGCCUCAUUGCCAAUGAGGUCCGCCACUAACGCCAGCACUGAUGGAGAGAGUGGUGGAGGCAUGAUGAAUGGCGUGUGGUGGGGACUAAAGGUGGACCAGAGAUCCAUGCUUAAGCUUUCCACAUGUUUGUGCAAGCUGUGUUUCAUGUCCAUCAGAGCUAAAUGUGUAGGUUCCUGAGGAGUUCACAACUCCUCCUGCCAAAAACACUGCAAAUCAAGCAACAACAUCAAGCACAAACUGCACAUAACAAGCAUACAUUCUCACACGACAUGCAUUAUUCCUGUUUUGGACUACAUGCAGGUAGACAAUUUACACAGUUGGAAUUUGUGUCGCAACAAACUGGUCAUGCAAAAAUCAGUAAAUUGUGUGUAUGUGUGAGUGAACAUCGCUAUCAAGAAAAGUGUAUAGGAUAUUUUUUUUGCUUUUUAUUUAUUGGAUUCAAACUCUACCUGAGAAGAAAGGAAAAUGCAGCUGAAUGAAAAUCUGCAACUAGCCACGGAUCUGCUGUGGUAAAUGUGAGGGGAAACGCAUGAAAAAUGUCCACUCAUCUCCAGAGCAGAGGCAAGAGGCCAGGUCUGUGGAAUUCUUACCGCAGUAACUCAUCACUCUCAAGGGCGCAAUCUCUCGGGCAUGAAGCUCAACACUAAAAAUGUCCUCACACUGCUAGUUUAUAGAAAUGAGUUGCUCUUGCAGCAGUCUUGCUUGCUCAUUUUUUUUCUUUCUUUUCCUAAGACAACUAAUGUAAUAUUCCAAAGUACAUGUGCAAUAGAGAAAAGCUUGGAGACAA